ACCUGCGGCCAUGCAGAGCACCGCCAGCCGCUCCACCGCUUCGGUGCUGGCCGAGCUCCAGUGGGACGAUGGCUACGCCGUGCCCAUGGCCAACGCGGAGAACAGGGCGCUGGAGGAAGACCUGCAGAAGAUGGAGAAAGAAAAAGCGAACCUGCAAAAUCAGCUGACUGACUUUGAAGAGCGAAUGGGAGCGAUGACAUCUCACUUGAAAAACGUGAGACAGGAGUUCAGCUUCACCCAGUCUCUUUACAAAGCCAGAGAGAAUGAAAUUGAAACUGAACAACACUUUAAAGCCCUUGCUGAAAGAGAACAUGGACGUCUUAAAAGUGAGAUCAAACGUCUGGAAGAUGAGACCGUUUCUUUAAGAGAAAAGAAAAACAGCCAAGAAAAUACUAUAAAUAAAACCACGAAGAAGUUGGAAAGCUUAAAACAACAGAUGAACUGCGAUGAGGAAGUUUUGGAGAGUUGGAUAAAGGAAUCAAAUCGCAAAGAUAACGAUAUUAUCACAAUCCAGAAGUAUGCACAACAAGAUGAAGGGAAACUAGGAGCACUAAUCCUUCAAGUAGAAAAGUUGACCAUGCAAGCAAAUCAGAAACGCAGAGCUCUUGAUAAUGAGCUUACAGAAACCAUAACUGCUCAGAUGGAGCUUGACAAGACAGCUGAACAUUUUCGCAGAGUUCAUCAGGAAAGGCAAGAAGUCAUCAGGCAGUGGGAGAAUGCAAUACAACAGAUGCAAAAAAGAGAUCAGCAGAUUGACCACUGUGCUUUGCUACUAGCAGAGUUAAAACAGGAGAUGCGAAAGAAAGAAAGUGUGCUGAAAGAGAAGGCUUCCUUUUUAGUGAAUGAAACUAUUAAUAAUAUGGAAUAUGAAAAAAGAAUUUCUUCUGCUGAGCGGGAAGCGACCAGUCUCCGGAAAGAGUAUCAAACUCAGGAUACUUACAGAGUUCAGCUGGAGAACGAGCUGGACAUUUUGAAAUCCACUGUGAACAAAACUGCUGCUCAUCUCGAGUCUUUAAGAAUGCAGGUAACUAAUAUGAAGAAAGAAAUUGAGAAAAAAAAAGCCAGACUAAGCUUUCUUAAAGAAAGGAAUGCAGGUCUUUCCAAUAAGUUGAAGCUUGUAACUGAGAAGACACUCAGUUCAGAAGACAAUGCUUUGAGGAUGGAAGAAAUGCUAAGGGAAGAAGAGAAAACUGUCAAGGAAAAAGAAGCAGAACUGAACCACCUAAAAGAAGUAUUUUUCAAGAAAACUCAAGAGCUAAAGGUGCAGAAGGAUAAGGAGAAGUGUGUUCUGGCAGAAAUUGAGGGAAGUCGAGCAUCACUUAAAAAUCUUAAUAGCCGUCUGCGCCGACUUGAUGCAGAUGCAUUAAAACAACAGGAGUUAAUAUAUAACCAGGAUUUUUAUAUUCAGCAAGUGCAGAGACGUCUGUCACGGUUAGAAGGGGAGGUUAAUGCAGAUGAAAAACAAGUUCUGGAAGGAAAAGUUGCUGAACUUAAGAAAGCCUUAGAAGAAAAGAAAAGUGCAUAUGAUAUUUUAAAUGCACAACACAGGAAACUUCAGAGUGAUGUCCAUUUCAUCAAGAGAGCAAUGGAUAAGACAGGAGAAGAAGCAAAUGGUCUGAUGAUCAAGAUAGAUGAACUAAAUCUUUUCAAUGAGAAAUCAGAUCAAGAGUUAAAAAAAGCUAAAGCCAUUAAGCAGGAGAUGAUGAUUGAAGAUAAUCUCCUAAAACUAGAAUUAAAGCGUCUUCAAGAUACACUCUGUCAUAAGACAGAGAAGGUUCUAACACUGGAAAAACAAAAGCUGGAGUUAAAGAAAGCCAUAGCAGAAAGAACUGAGGAAAUUAAGAUCCAUAAGGCAAUGCUGGAUUCCCAGAUCAGACUCGUGGAUCAGGAACGGCAACGCAUAAGUGCUGAAUUUCAAGAUCGCCUAAAUAAAAUCGAUAAACUGAGAUGCAGAUACGAAAUUCUUACUGUUAUCAUGAUGCCACCUGAAGGAGAAGAGGAGAAAACUCAGACCUACUAUGUAAUAAAGGCUGCACAGGAAAAGGAAGCACUUCAGCGUGAAGGUGAUGAUUUAGAUGCAAAGAUCAGCAAAGCUGAAAAUGAAAUUGUAGCUCUUGAAAACACUCUGCAAAUACUUAAUAACUGCAACAGCAAUUACCGAAACUCUUUCAAGGAAGUCACUGAGACAAGUGAGGAGUAUGAGGAAAAACUGAAACUAGAAGAAGAGAAAAGGGUUGCUGACGAAAAAUACAGAUACAAACGAAGACAAGUCAGGGAACUUCAGGAAUACCUCCAGAGCAUGGAGAAAAGUUUGGAUUCACUACUGAAGCAGGAGGCCAUUUUCCAGGAGCAAAAUAAGGAAAAACAAGCUGUUAUAUUGCAGCUGAACAAAGACAUAGAAGAACAGAAGCCAAAGCUAGAAAGGGUUAUAAAACAGUGUUCCAGACUCUCCAGAGAGAUCCAGUCCCUAAAGAAAACUAAAACUGAGACACAGGAAGAGAAAGACAUUGAUCUCCGUGCACUGAAGACCUUCAGCAAAACCAUCAACAAAUUGUUAGCCGAUGUUCUAAAUGCAAAUCCUGAUUUAACCCCAUCCUUUCAAAAGUACUUUCACCAGUUCAAUCUAGAGCUGCCAACAGCUGCUUCUGUUGGGGGUAGUCAAAGUUCUCGAUCACCAUCCACACAAAGCUCACUAUCUUCUAGCAGAUCCUCCAGAAGCACAAAUUCAGGCUCUAGUCAGACUUCAUUGCUCAAAGUCGUAGACUUGAACUUAUCUGUCAACAUUCCUGCAGAAGCAGCUGCUGCCAGUUCACCGCCUUCCAGCGUAACUAGCAACUCUGACAGUUAGAAUCACAACUCUUAAAUAAUCUUGUGAAGACUUCUAAAUUGUUUAAGUUUCAACUUAAUUUAUGCAGGUCUGCUGGCAAUUAGACCACCACUUCUUUCUAUUUCUUUAACUUUAAAGUAAGCAAUAUAUUACUUACUAUAAUGGAUGUUUUGCAUAAGUUAACCUUUAAAUAUCUUUCUGAUUUUGCUGUUGAAAAACAAAAGACCUGUGAAACCCUUUAGAAACCAGUAAUUCACAGUCUAAAUGAAAAUAGCUUUAACAUAACUAACAAUAGUUUUAGUGAACUGGUAUCUCACAAUUACUGCAGUCUCAAUGCACAACUUAGAACUCCAGGUAGUCAGCUGACUUCAUUGGGCCUAUUCUGUGCUUGCAAAAGCUGCAGCGGGGGCAAUAAAUCUGUAAAGGAGAAUCAAGCUUAAUCUUAAUUACAAAGAUGUCACAUUUUCCUGUAACUGUCUUUCCUACCUUAAGAGCAACACAGAACACUUGCAACAACCUAGAGAGUAGUAUUUGUGCAUUGUUUCCAGGUCACUCUUGACUUCUAAACAGUCAUCUUGGAUCUUACUAUAAUCAAAAGAUGAUGACAGUAUACAAUAGUGCAAUUACAGUCAGUAAAACACUACCACUGUGCAAAACUACACGGUACCUUUUUGGCAACUGACAUACUAAGAAUUACUUUGCAGAGGUGCAGAUGAAAUGAAAUACAACUGGUAUCAUCAUUAGCCAGAUGUUAGCUAUUACUUCGGUACUAAUAAGUAAUAAUAAAUUUCUUCUUACAAAAACAUUAGAGAAUGUGUUUGACGUACUUAAAGAGCACAAUGCAUUUGUCUUCUCCCAGACGCUGGAGGGUUCAGUUCACUAGAGCUGCACAUAAAAUAACCACUGCACCUGUAUCAAACAGCCCAGCGACAUUAACAAAAACCAAGACACAAAAUUAAGAAAAUUUAUUGAUCAAUUGAGUUAUAUAUGUUGAUGGCAUAUGAAUUUCAUUUAGUUUUCCACCUUCAGUGGCUGGAAGUUAAAGCUUGAUGCAAAUAGUCAGUUGUAUCCCAGGGAAAUAAAAACAAAAACAAAUUCCUGCUGUUAAAGUGUGUAUUUGAUGGAAGUUCCACAGCUACAGUCCAAGAGAAUCAAAUGAUUUCAUUCCAUCACACAAAGUAUAUUGUACAAGAGCAUCUUGAGAGCAUAAGAAAAUCUGAUUUUAAAUAAUAAUUGAUAUCUUAUGUAAGGUAUCAUUGCAUCUCUUUCCACCAUACAAAUCUUUACCUUAAGAACUCUCUGACAUUCUGCAAAACAAGAAAUUCUGCUUGUCAUUUUUCAUGUGCAUGUUUCCUUAAGAGAUACACAGAUAAAAAUUCACAACUACAUCCAACAGAAAGCAUUUUCUUAUGUACUUUGCUGUUUCUUCUGCUUACUUCCUUUUUCCCGCUCAAAUUCAGCAAUUUGAUUGAAUAUGUUAACUAAGUUCUGGGGCAGGUUUCUUUUAGUGCCACUUUCUGUUUGUCCUGUAUCAUCUAAAGUAGAUUCCCUGUCUGGUUCCUUUGUUUUAUUAGUCUCCUCGUAACUUCUUUCCCUAUUCUUACGCCCACUUUCAUUUUUAUGCUGAGUUAACUCAUGCCUAUCACUGUCAUAACGUUUAUCACCUUCAUGUAAAGGAGUGCUAGAAUACGAUCUGUACUUUCCCACUGACUUGCCAGAAUAGUCAGACCCUGCUGGCGAUGUGUAAUACCUGUCCUGACCCCAGCCAUGCUUUUUGUAGUGUUCUCUUCUCCCUUCUGCAUCCCAUUCCGAUCUCCGAAAGUAAUGCAUCCUGCUUUUAUCAUCUGACUUAUAAUAUGAACCUGAAUAUCCCCUUCUACUGGAGAAAAAUCUGUCUGUUUUAUGGUAUCUUUCAGUUUUGCUAGUACUUGCCUGAGUUUUGGAACUACAAGAAUCUCUUGAAUCUUCAGACCUACCUCCAAAAGUGUCUUCAUCAUCACCUGAAGUCCUCGACAGAGAACAGUGUCUGUCUUUCUCUCUUACCUCUGUUUUUGGACAUACUAAGCUGUCCUGCCUUUCCAGCAGAUUUUCCAUUUCAAAAUUUUGGUUAAGGAAGGAGGCGGAGGUAUCAGCUGGAGGUGAAUACCACUCCUCUUUCCUAAUCUGAUCUUUAUAAUGUGAGGAAGCUCUGGAAGAGCGUUUUUUGGAGCUACGGGAUGACUCUGAUCUAUUCCGAUGCUUUUUCUUGCGUUUCUUGUGAUCAGAGGAAGAGGAGGAAGAAAGUGAUGCAUCUGAUGAAGAAUCAGUUGAGGAAGAAGAAGAGGAUGAAGAGGAGGAGGAAGAAGUUGACCUUUUCCUUUUCUUCUUCAACCUGAAAAUACAAUUAAGCUGUGAGGUAAUCUUCAGCAUUAGGCAAAAAUUUUAUCUAGAAAACAAAUCUGCACUCCCCAUAGUCUGGCUGAGAUGGGACUGUAAGGCAUGAACAAAAACUGGGCCUGACCUGGCAAAACACUUUAAAAUGUCAUUUCUUUACCAAAAGAAUUAAGAUUAAAUCCACUGAACACUGUAAUAUGAAGAGUGUCCUUCCUGUUCAAUACAGCAUUGCAUUUCACAAAUACUUUACAAUGCAGUACAAAGUAUUUGUAAACAUCUAUUCCUUACAACCUCUAUGAAAGGCUGCAUAACUAACAGAUGUUACCAUUACGUAGUUCAUUUGAAAAUUGAUUGUAUAUGGUCUUAUCUGCACGUCUUGCCCUUCUCUUUUUAAAAUCAUGAGGCCUAUUCAAUGGCUAGUGUUGAAAUAAUAACAGUUAGGAUGCAGAUAAUGACUUAAUUAGAAAAUUUAGUAAACUGCUCAUGUCAGAGCUUAUUUUUCAUCAGCCUAUGUUAAAAGCACAUGGUUGGGACACAACCAUGGAACUGUGUUGCUUUAUGCAUUGUGAUUUUUCUCCAUUUAAGUUGUGCUUUAGCUGUCAGAAACUCUGGUAUUUACAAUGGGCCCCGCAACAGUUUGUAACUUACUGGUUUGGGGUGCUUCCUCUAAUUGGAAAAAGAGCUCACAUUCUGGCUUAAUAUGCUCAAGAAUCAGUAGUGAAUAUAACAAGGUUACCUUUUUUCCUCUUUUAAAAGCUUACGCAAUUUUUCUGCGCUUGUUUCUACUUGUUUUUCUUUCUCUCUCUCUUGUUUUGCAGCUUGUUUCUCCCUCAUUUCCAAAGAUUUCUUUUUUGAACCCAAACAUCAUAAAAAAAAACCAAUUCAUUAGAAGUGUUAACACAGGUAUUUUUCCCCAUGUCCCCAACCCCAUUCAAAUAUAUAGUUACAGCAAGGAUGUUUUACCAGGAUUCCCAGAUUGACAAUUAAUAAGAAGUUUGGCAUUGGCCAUUGUUAUGAUCAGGUUUUUGUUAAUGACCAUAUCCGUUUUUUAUCCAUUAGAAAUGUAUUUGACCAACCAUUGCGGUGGACCCGUGAUCCAGCACACCACGCAACACAUAGUCCAAGGGGUAUAGAGAGCAUAUGCAAGAAAAACACAAUGUUAGCAACAUGGAGAAAAAGAAAAGGUUUGAGGGGAAAUAUUGUUAUUGUAGUUUACAAGUAAAGUAUGGCAGAGCCCAUUGUAAAAUGUGUUCAUGUUGGUCACGUUUGCAUACAAACCAUUUGGUAACAAUUUCACAGACCAGUUUGAUGCAUAGUUUACGUAAGAAAUCAUGUUCCAAGGGUUUGUUGGUGAUGAGCAGCACCAGAUGUCAGAUACAGCAACAACGGUCCAAUUCAGAAGAAAAUGCAUUGAAGAAAAACACAUAAUCAGUAUUACAGGAAAACACACUUGGGUGUUGUUUCAGCCAUUCUAACUCAACAGCAAUAGCAUCAGAAUCACAUAUUCAAAUGCAUAUAAAUGCAAGAUUGCGAUUAUCAGAUGAAUAAGACAAGCCUUUCCAAAUCUAGUAAGGAUCAGACUUCUGCAAUCUACACUCCUAAAGAGCAGCUCUAUUCAGAAACAGCAGCAAGCCUGGUGAUUUUCAAAACUUGGCAAUAGUCGUAACAGAUGUAAUAGAGGAAACCCUCAAUAGAAGAUAAGGCUUUGCAAACCAAAGAACGAUAGCCAGCACUACAUUUACCUGCUGCGUCAGUGACCGUAAUACCAGAAAAACACUAAAAGAAAAUAAAGUAUUUCCUACUUGCUACAAAUAUUCUUCAAUUUAACCAAGAAUCUGAGAUCUUUCUACUGCAGCUAAACAUAAACUGUUGUAUGAUAUUUGAGCACUAUUUAUCUAUAAUUCAGUUCAGUUUCAUUAAGAAGCUUGUCAUAGCUCCUCUUCCCCUUCUCUCAACACAACCUGUCAGCAUUAUGGCUUCACCAACUGAAGAAGUGUCAACUAAGGCCAUCUGCCUUAGUCUCUUUACUUCAUUAUAUGCAGAAGCAUAGAACACACCAAGCCUGUUCCUCAGUGCUAUAUCUUACUCUGAUCCUCCCUAGAAGAGAUAAGUAUAGGAGAUAAAUAAAAGAAAAGGGAAAAAAAAAAA